UCUUCUUCACACUACUACUGCUACCUCUCUCUCUCUCUCUCUCUCUCUCUCUCCGUUCGCCAUUAAGAGAGCUCUCUUCCUCGUCGCAAAUGGGGGAAUGAUAAUCGUCGAUCGCGUCAAAAAAAGGCGCCUCCUCGCUCCGAUCUCUCUCGCGGCGAUGAGAAUUUGAGCUCGUUCGAUCCGCUCGGCGUUUAAAGGUUUCGAAAUUACCAAUCGCUGAGCUCAGUAUUCGAGCUCAACUUUUGAGCUUACUUCGAUUUGGGAACUUGUUUAGUCGCUACUUCAAUUUCGGAAAGGUUGAUUUAGGGUUCGUAAAUUUCUAGGGUUUCAGUGUUCAAUAAGAGCACAAUGUCGAUGCCCAACGCAUGCCUGAGCGGCUCCGCCUCGCCGACGGUGAACGUGGGGCCCGCCGCCGCCGCCACGCGGCGGUCUCUGGGGGUGAUUGGGGAUAGGAGGCCCACGUUGGGCCAACGGGGCCCCACCGAGGUGCCCACGGAGAGGCCCAUCGAGGGGCCCACGGGGAGGCCCAUCGAAGGGCCCACGGGGAGGAGGUCGAGGUUGGGGGUGAUUGGAGAUGGGAGGAGGCCGAAGAACAGUGCAGAGGAGGUGGAGAGGUUGCAGAGCUCUACUGAUAUUUUGCAGACUAUAACUGAACCACCAUGUCACACUUCAUCUGUUUGGGUACCUGGUCAUCAUUACUUAGCAGGUUUUACAAUUAGUACCCCUGAGAAGAAUGUAAUUAGUUCACCAUCCUCCAAUAACGCCUCCUCAAGUGAUGCUAAAUCUGAUGAGUUUUUAGCUUCCUUAUCUGGCAUUAACUCAUCGGCUUCCGGUGUAUUACAUGGUGAGAAAAUUCCUCAACUGAAGCUUCAAGGAAAAAAUGCCUCCUCAAGUAAUGCUAAAUCUGAUGAAUUUUUAGCUUCUUUAUCUGGCAUUAACUUGUCGACUUUUGGUGUAUUAAAUGGUAAGAAAAUUCCCCAAGUAAAGCUUCAAGGAAAAAUAAAUGAUGAUCACAAUUUUGUUUGUGACUCAAAAGAUGGGCAAAACCAUACCAAGAAACAUUCUUUAUUGGAGAACUUUGACUCAAAAGAUUCAGGAGAUCUAAGACAAUCUUUCCGUAAUGGUCCCCGAAAUUUGUCUGUUUUGUAUGACGAUGCAGCUGUUCCAACUUCUAUUGCAUCUUUUAGUUUCCGUAUGUUCGAAGGCAUUUUUACUCCACCAACCUUAAAUGCAAGAGAACUAGAAUAUCUUAAUCGGCUCCGGUAUCAAUCCAAAGCCGACCCACUUUUGAUAUUGUACUUGAAGGCAGUCGACUGCAUAGCACAAGCUGAAGCAUGUUGUAGUAAUCCUUCACUCCAAAUUGCUUCUCGGGGAAGCACUUCUUGCAAAGUAGUUGGGGCCAAGGGACUGCAAAAGCAGUAUGAGAGGCCACUUUCAAAAAACCCAGAGUAUGUUCCACCACUUCUAGAGGAAUUCAAGAACAACAGAAACAGAAUAUUUCAUCUCUCUGAUAUUUUCGGUCAUAUUGUUGUGUUCAGUGUUGACCAGCUAGGCAGCCGUUUUAUUCAGCAGAAGCUCGACACAGCAAGUGCUGAAGAAAGAGAUUGUGUAUUUGAAGAAGUCUUGCCUCAUGCUUUCUCUCUGAUGAAUGAUGCAUUUGGAAAUUAUGUGGUCCAGAAGUUCUUUGACUAUGGAAAUCCAGCUCAAAUAAAGGAGUUAACUAGCCUUAUACAUGGAAAUGUGUUGCGUCUCAGCUUCAACACAUAUGGCUGCCGAGUGGUUCAGACGGCACUUGAUGUUGUCGAUCUGGAAGUGAAAUUAAAAUUGGCUAUGGAACUCGAUGGCCAUGUCAUGGAAUGUGUAAAUGACCAAAAUGGAAGCCAUGUCGUUCAGAAAUGUGUUGAGUGCUUGCCACAUCAUAUGAUUCAGUUUAUUAUCUCAUGUUUCUACGAUAAAGUUGUUCCGAUGUGCAUUGAUCAAUAUGGAUGCCAUGUCAUUAAGAAAAUACUGGAAUACUGUGAUGAUCUUAAAACUCAGCAAAUCUUGAUGAGAGAAAUUUUGAAGUCUGUUUGUCUAUUGGCGAACCACCAGUAUGGAAAUUAUGUUGUUCAGUAUGUUUUGGAGAAUGGAAAUCGAGACGUGCAAUCUUUCAUCAUCAGGAAAUUAGCUGGGCAGAUAGUUGAGAUGAGCAAAGAGAAGUUCGCUUCAAAUGUCAUCGAGAAAUGCUUACUUUGUAGUGGGCCUGAGGACCGCCAAAUUCUGAUAAAUGUGAUUCUAGGCACCACUGAUGCGAAUGAGCCUCUUAAGGAAAUGAUGACGGACCAGUUUGGUAACUAUGUUGUGCAGAAAGUUUUAGAGACGUGCAAUGAUCAGCAACGCGAGCUGAUCCUCUCACGAAUAAAAGCCCACUUAAAUGCACUUAAGGAACUUACUUAUGGAAAGCAUAUAGUCUCCCGUGUAGAGGAACUCAUCGCAACUGGGGAAAGGAGACGUGGGGCGUCAAAUGCUUCUUAGAUGGCAUCAAAGUGGAAGUGUACAGCUGACGAAGGCUUCUCCCUUGAUUACGGCUGGUAAAAGCUAUUUGGAAAUAAGCUUGUUUAAACUUGUACAUAAUGUGGUUCUUAAUUUGUAGCAAAUUAUGCAAACUAAGGCGUCUUAAGGCUGUAAAGUGAUGGUAAGAACUAUGAAAAUAUGAGCGACUGAAUAGUACUGUAUUUUCGUGCUAAUUGAUCCAGUUAUUUCUCCAGUUUCAGUUUGUUUCUACCAUGCUGCAGUUGUUCAGAUUUGGAUCAAAUGUAUUUGAUAUUUCAAACCUAGUCUCAGUACUUCUUCAGUCGGAAACUUUUUCAGUUCGACUAUGUUUUCUUCGUUUGUGCAUUUUAGUUUUAGCAAACAGAUCAGCUUCAAAUUUUGCUGCAGCAAGAAGCAGAAAUGAUUAAGCUUUCUAAGUAUGAGCUCCAAUGUAGGGCUUUUGAA